UUUCACGCCAGUGCCUGAGGACCACCCUUCCUGUUGCUGACGGCACAGCACGCACGCACUUUCACGAGAGUUUGUUUGUGGCCUGCUUAGCAUUGCUUAUUCUCAAACGUCAUUUUACCGCGUUUCAGGUUUUUCCGUUUUUCUCCUGUUUCAUCUGCGUGUAUUUUACCGGUUGCUGCUGACACCUAGCUAGAGUCUGUGUUUGUAGCCUGCUAGUUUUUUUUAGCAUCGCUUAUAUAUCUGUUUUCAGCCUUUAAUCCUUAAACAUCUGCCAUUUUUAAGCACGCAUCGGGUCUUACCGUAUUAUUGUCUUAUCGCGAUUCAACUGCUCGCAUAUUUCACCUGUAUCCGCGUUCUAUUUUUAUCGCGAUUAAACUGCUUGCAUUUUUUCAGCGCGCACCCGUUUUUUCUCCUCUGCGGUACACAGAUUAUUGCAUCGACCUCAAAGCGCCGCUUAUCAAGAACAACAACCACCACCAACAACAAACAAUUGUGUGAGGGAUUCACAUCAAUCUCAAACCCUCACCGCUCAGGAACAACAAACAAUUUGCGAUGUUGGCAGACAAAGUGGGCAAACAGUUGGGGCGCCCUACUUACUCUUUAACUGGAUGGCUGGUGACCAAGUUCCUGAAAUGGCACAAUGGGAUUUUGGAGCAGAAUGCUGUGAAACUGAGUAACAUUCAACCUGUCGACACCGUACUGGAGCUGGGUCAUGGGCCGGGUCUGGGUCUCCAGGCGGCCUCGAAGCUUCUCACGGGGCCGAAAGGAAAGCUGCUCGGGGUGGACUACUCAGUAUACAUGCAUCAGAUGGCCAGUGAGCUCAUGAAGGAGCAGAUAGCCAAAGGAAGGGUUAUUUUGCAUUGCUGUGAUUUGGCAGCUAUGCCGAUAGCUGAAAACAGCGUUGACAAGGUGUUUCACUGCAACUGUUAUUAUUUCUGGCCGGAUCUGAACGCAGGAGCGAGUGCCAUUCACAGAGUGAUGAAACCAGGUGGAAUUAUGGUUACAACUCUAAAUCUAGACAGUGUUAUCAAAGCAGCUUCAAUGAAAAUUCUCAGCGGGGAGAACUGGCGUCCUGAGGUCUACAUGGAAGCCUUACAGUCCUCUGGAUUCAAAGAUGUCCAAAUGAAGAGCAAAAGAGACAAAUUUGUUACAUUUCAAGCUAUUUUUGCCACUGCUGUGAAGUAAAUCAUGGGGUCUCCAAGACCGCAGUUUACAUGCCUGUGUAAUUUGAAGGAUCUGCCUUUUCGCAUUUGAUCAAUAUUGAAUCUGAAAUAAAGAUUAAUCCAAAAGGAGUCAAUGUUUGCCUAGUAUUAACUGAUGUUGCUGGGGGGACUUCUUUUUCUGCACCACUAAAAUGCCGCAUGAGACACAUAAAAAGCACGUGGAUUUUUGGCUAACAGCCUAGCCUGCCCACCUUUAUUUUUGCCCUUCAUGUUUGCACCAUUGUCAUAAGAUUGUCCCCUACAGUCCUGGAAUGGGAUGUUCAAUUCUUCAAGCCUGUUAAGAAUUAGUGUGGACAAGCCUAGAUCAGUAGAUUCAGGAGCUAUGAGAAAUCCCAAGAAGUGUUCCUUUAUCUCUGGUGUUUUGCCAAGACUUACAGUGCGCACAACAACAGACAUCUGUUCUUGGUGACUAACAUCUGGGGUGCAAUCCAAUAUUAUGGCAUAAUAUUUGGAGUCUUUUGAUUUCUGCCACCAUUUUGUCCAGUAUUUUGUCACUGACACAGCUUAUCAGCUCAUUUUGGAUAGUCUUCCCCAAGUAUGUGAUAUGCUGUGGUCCAAUGUCGAUUCGUCUCACGUGAUCUCUCAAAACAGGAUCAAAUUUAGCUAUCAGUUCCACUUCUUUUAGAAAGUUCCCAUUGUUCUCCUGAUAUAAUGUAUCAACAGAUCCCCUGAGUGCCAGAUUACUGCCAAGGACUGAAUAAUACUGAUUAAGUGUGUGAGAACAUCUCUCCAGUGAUUCUUUUCUGCUUCCAAGAGAUCCUUCCGUUUCACCAUGUUGUUGCAAUGAUCAAGGCUAUUUUCAUGAUGUUUCAGUAGUGCACCUAUAUUGACCCAAUCCUGUUGUCCCUCUGUUACCAGUUUUGUGGACUUCGUUGAGAACAAUUUGCAGCAGAAACAGUAGACUGCAUCUUUUGUAAUAUAUGAGCCAGCUCCGCUUGAUUUUUUUUCCCCCAUUGAUUAAUUGUCUGUAGGUGUAGUGGAAGCUUCGGCCAUCAGGUUUUUUUAGGGAUUGUGAAGUCUUUUUCUUUAUAGGCAGUGGCCCUCUGCUUACCAGAUCAGUCCUUUCUGAGUCGGACAGGAUAGAUGUCCACUCAGCUGGGUCAACUGGAGGAGCUGCUGAUUCAUAGUGUAGGUGUCACAUUCACAGUUGUCUUUUGUUUUUGUACUUUAACAAGAAUUUCAAAAUAAAAGUUCCUGUUU